UAAAAUCUCCGUAGCUUUGUGAGUUGUGGAAUACUCGCUGCAUGAGGAUAAAGUUUAGUCAUUUUGUGACAGAUUUUGGGGAAAUGUAAUACCGAAGUUAUGUUCUGUUGCUGCGAGUCGAGUCGGGCAGACUUUAGUCUUCAUUGACGUUUAUCAAAUCAAUUGGCAGAUGAUAUUUUUAUUAUCCGAGAGUGUAUAAAAAAUGCUGAUAGUCUGGAUUGUUUCGUCGGGAAUGGUUGUCCAUAAUCACUUCCGAGUUAAGAGAAAGUAACGUAAAAUUUUGAAAAUAAAACUGCCCAACGACAAAAACAUGAUCAGCGGUCUGCAGAUUGCUUUGAAAAAUGCCAUUGACGUGAUAGCUCCUCCAGCGACACCCUUGCAAGAUUUCACUUAUCACUGGAAGCAGCUCAUGAAUUUUUACGUUAAUCAUUUAAACGACGCCAAAGUAUCGAUAGAAAGAACUAGUAUUCCUAAGCAUUUAGACCAUUUGCUGAGACUCUUGUUGGAGGAGGAGAAAAAUGGGGACGAGCCAGGUCCGUGUUUGGAGUAUACGCUGCAGCAUAGGUUAUUGGAUUUACUGGCGACUCUGGCCAGUGCUGAAACACCUCCUGGGAUGAGACUGGUUUGCCUGUCAUUUCUGAGAAAGCUGCUGACAAAAUCCAAGCAUCCGCUUCUGCAUCAAGCGGCUAUUUAUGGAUCCGUUCAAAGAAUGAUAGCCAUGUGCAAUGGAAAUCUUGCCUCUCCCAUCGAGAAUGAAGAAAUACAAUUUCUUUUGUGCCUUUGCUUUUUAGUUUGCAAGUAUCCACACGUCACAAAUAUAGUCAACGAUUCUAGUAAUGUAGCGCAAGACGGCGAAGCUUUGCACUGCAGUAUCGAUAAGUCAGCCAUCGACAAGGUCACUUACAUUCCCGCUAGAAGGAUGAAAAAUGCCAAUACUCUAUUUAAGCCUUUGAACACGCAAGCCAUCACCUUAAUGAAUCCUGAUUUGUUUAAAACUGGUAAGCAUCGACCUUACCACGUUGAUUCUGUAAAUAAAUCGAGCUCUCAGUCGGAAGCAUCGCAAGAAAACAAACAGCCCAAACAUGUACAGAACGCAAUCACUAGGUCCAAUUCCUCUUCGCAAUCGAGUAGAUCCUCGAGGGAUGUAGAGGCUGCUUCAGAAUCAUCGAGUCCUGUCGCACAACAGCCAAUCGAUAACAUUCCAAAUAGAGUUCCUGAGGAAGCGGAAGAUGACACUCGAGCGAGUGAAAAUUUGUAUAAAGUAUCCAAGGAAGUGGAAUCCUCAAAAUAUGAUCCAGUCGUAGCUGCACUCAACGAUAUCAAGGAUUUGAGGAUAAACGAGGAGUGCUUAUCAAGUAACGGUGAUGAAAAGUCUGAUCAAAAUAGUAAACAUGAUAUUACCUUCAGCAGCUCUAGAAACCCAGAACAUUCCAAAUGUUUGCUCUUAGAUUCGUUAAAAAGUUAUAUAAACAGUGCGGAUAAUACAAUUAGGAUACGUGCGUGCGAGGGAAUAAUGGUUUUAGCUUCGUUGGACGACCCUUUCUUUGCUGAAAUCAUUGCCAAAAGCGACUUAUCCACAAUUUUAGCAAAACGUUUGGAAGUUCUUUUUAAUUUAAUCCCAGCCCAAGUUGAGUCUAGCGAUAUAGAAGACAUCGAAGUCACUUGGGGCCUCGACUCGCCACUGCUUAUCAACGAGAAGAAAUUUCCAGGAUAUCAAAGAGUGGCUGCUUUUUUCAUGUGGAUGGAUUUUCUCGCACAACUUUCAAGAGAAGCUCACUCGGAUGUCGCCGAGAUAUUAGCUCAAACUAUCAGGAUAUCCUUCUUCGAGAAAGUACUAACUCAUGCACUGUCAGCUCACCACGCUAUUUUAAUUACAGCAUUAGUUACGAAAUGCUUGAAGAACAUUCCUACGUCUCCAUUGAGCAUUGAAAUGGGUCGCUGGCUGGUGGGUCAGCAACGCGUUCCAGACAUUCCUGAUGUUUGGUGUUGUCCAGUUCUGCACAGACUCAUUGAGAAUUGCUUCACAGAAAGCGACGAUUUGAUUACAGAGACGUUAAAAUUGUUUGAAGCCAUGAUUGAAAAACGAGAUGAACACAUACUACAUUGUCUAGUCUUAACGUACUUAAAUACACGUGGCUAUUAUGAUAAUAGCGCGGCUGAUAGUGCAAUUGCUUCGUGGAGCGACGAAGAAGAUGAGAGGGUAAGAGAGAAAAAAGGCUGUAUGGAUAUUACCGAAGGAACGAGUCACAGUAGAACUUUGGCACCCAGUAAUAUACAUAGGAUUUUAAAUUGUUUCUUGUCGUUACUACCUCGGCAAUUACAAACCGAGUCUGAUAGUAAUUACGGACGAUACAUGGGAAAUUGGGAGAAGGAAUAUUCAAUAAUUGUAAAAAACUGUGCUCUUCUAGCAUGGCCACUAGAAGCCGUUACCUUGGAUGAUUCUGCAAGUUCCGAUUCGAGACCAGAAAUUGACAAUUGUGCAAAUAGAUUUUACCCUGGACCUUUUCUGUCGAUGCUACUAGACAAAAUCAGUGGUAUUCCUAAACAAAAGUAUGAGAUCAAUUUGCAUUUGACAAUUCUAAUUUCUAAAUUGGCAUUAUUGCCUCAUCCGUACCUUCACGAAUUUCUAUUGAAUCCCUUAAUUCCGUUGACACCUGGAAAGAAGAGUUUGUUUAUUUGCCUGCAGCGACUUGUUAAGCAACUAGCGAACGAAGUUCCUAAAAUACAGAACUACAAACUGAUUCUUAAAGAAUUAAGAUUGGAAAUGUUUAAUGAUUGCUGCGCUCAAGAAUCGUCGGAUAAUAAAACUUAUUCGAGGUCGAAAGAGGAAGAGACUUUGCUCGAAAGUGUAAUAAUUGUUGAAGAGUUUUGCAAAGAAUUAGCAGCGAUCGCAUACGUUAAAUAUCAUCAUUCUACGUAGUAAUAAUAAUCAUAGUAUUAUUAACUUAAAAAUUGUAAAUUUAGCUGUAUAUAUAAUAAUUUCUAUUUUGUAGAACAUCGAUCGAUCAUAGAAAAUGAGUGAAGUUUGAACCUUGUGCUGUCCAAAUAUUUAACUAUUUAAACUAUUUUCUAUCAUAUAAAUU